AUGUCGGAUUCUCAUCCGGAGACAUGGAAUCCACUCUGGGCUCUGGAAGACACGAUCACUACUGGUAGUAUAACGACGAAGAAAGAUAAACGAGCGUAUGCUGCGGCUUCUCUCCAGUCAAAUUGCAAGGACAAGAACUUUUGCACACUGUUUACAGACUUGGUAGAGAUGCAACGGUUGAUGGAUAAAGAAAAGGCCAGUGAAGUCACUGCUGAAGUGUCGAAUUAA